CCUGUGUUCACCUUGCGCGGAGAUAGAGCUCGGAUAUUUCUGGGGGAGGUGGAGAUGAUGCUUUGUCAUUGAGGAGCUCAGCAGCAUCAGCAGCAUCAGCAGCAUCAGCAUCAGCAGCAUCAGCAGCAUCAGCAUCAGCAGCAUUCUCCCACUCCGGCACGUCCGACGCUCGGCAUGCUGCAUCCUGAUGCGCUCCCGACUGCACUCACUCAGCCUGCCCGGAUUUACGCGCAUUCCUUUCUACUUCUCUAUUCAUUUAUCUAUUCAUUCAUGUCUGUUUGAUUGAAGGCGUGUUGCGUGUUGUUGACUCAUCAUCUCUCAUGCUCGGACCGGAGGAGAGCGGCACGUCCCAAGUGUCAGAUAAGAUACGACCCGUCCUGCGGAUGCGCCGUCACCGUGUUGCCUCCAGCUGCACCCCAACUGUGUGAGAUCCAUGAUUCAUCCUUCUGUUUUCACCUUCUGUCAUUAGGGCGCACAUUGUCUCGUUUCCCCCCCCUCUCCCUCCCCAUCUCCCUCCAUCCACAAAAAAAAAUGGAAAGAUUUCAGUCUUCCAUGCGCAAACGGCUGUACAGCUUGCCGCAAAACAUUGUGCAGAAACCCUUUGUGACUGACAGUGAAGGAGGAGACGGCGACGACAAGGACACUAAGAGGAAAACUAUUCGAUUGAAACAAUUUCCCUCCUCCUCCUCUCCUGCGAGCAGUUGCAAAAGCAUCGAGGAGGAUGCCAGCAGGAGCGAGGACUUGGAGAGGGACGUCUGCACCGUGAACGUGAAGACCAACUUGAACGGGGACUGCCGUUUUCUCCGGAGCAGCAUCUCCUCCAUCACCGGGCACCGGCAGCAUCCCCCCGCCGAGCAGCGGCGGCUCCUCCCGGGGAGCGACGCCGGCGGGGACGUGUGUGAGAGCCUGGCCGGCGAGGGCGGGCCCCCGGGGGCCCCGCAGCCCCGCCAGCCGUCCCUGUUGUUCGACCAGGCAACUUUCAUCAAGUUGGAGGGCAGCGAGCAGAUCGUCCCCGAGGAUGAGCGGCUGUACCAGGCCGGCUUCAUGCACCGGCAGUUCGGGGCCAUGCUCCAGCCGGGGGUCAACAAGUUCUCCCUGCGGAUGCUGGGCAGCGAGAGGGCCGUGGAGCACGAGAGGGAGCGCGUCAAGUCUGCGGGCUUCUGGAUCAUCCACCCCUACAGUGAUUUUAGGUUCUACUGGGACCUGACUAUGCUGCUGCUGAUGGUGGGAAACCUCAUCAUCAUCCCUGUGGGCAUCACCUUCUUCAAGGAUGAGCACACGCCGCCCUGGAUCGUCUUCAACGUGGUGUCGGACACCUUCUUCCUCAUGGAUCUGGUCCUCAACUUCCGCACAGGCAUCGUCAAGGAGGACAACACGGAGAUCAUCCUGAACCCGCACAAGAUCAAGAUCAAGUACCUGAAGAGCUGGUUCGUGGUGGACUUCAUCUCCUCCAUACCCGUAGACUACAUAUUUCUCAUCGUGGAGACGCGCAUCGACUCAGACUUUUACAAAACGGCCCGGGCCCUGAGGAUCGUCCGCUUCACCAAGAUCCUCAGUCUGCUGCGGCUUCUGCGCCUCUCCAGACUCAUCCGCUACAUCCACCAAUGGGAAGAGGUUUUCCACAUGACCUAUGAUCUGGCCAGCGCCAUGGUGCGUAUCAUGAACCUGAUUGGCAUGAUGCUCCUGCUGUGUCACUGGGAUGGCUGUCUGCAGUUCCUGGUUCCCAUGCUGCAAGACUUCCCUCCUGACUGCUGGGUCACCAGGAACAAGAUGGUGAACGACACCUGGGGUCAGCAGUACUCCUACGCCCUGUUCAAAGCCAUGAGCCACAUGCUGUGCAUCGGGUACGGCCUGUACCCCCCCAUCGGCAUGGCUGACGUUUGGCUUACCAUCCUCAGUAUGAUUGUGGGCGCGACCUGCUUUGCCAUGUUUGUGGGGCAUGCGACCGCCCUCAUUCAGUCCCUGGACUCUUCCAGGAGGCAGUAUCAAGAGAAGUACAAACAAGUGGAGCAGUACAUGUCCUUCCACAAGCUCCCGGCGGACAUGCGCCAGCGGAUCCACGAGUACUACGAACACCGUUAUCAGGGCAAGAUGUUUGACGAGGAGAGCAUCCUGGAGGAGCUGAACGAGCCGCUGCGAGAGGAGAUCAUCAACUUCAACUGCCGCAAGCUGGUGGCCUCCAUGCCGCUGUUCGCCAACGCCGACCCCAACUUCGUCACCUCCAUGCUGACCAAGCUGCGCUUCGAGGUCUUUCAGCCGGCCGACUACAUCAUCAAGGAGGGAACCAUCGGCAAGAAGAUGUACUUCAUCCAGCACGGCGUGGUCAGCGUCCUCACCAAGAGCAGCAAAGACACCAAGCUGACCGACGGCUCUUAUUUCGGAGAGAUCUGCCUGCUGACCCGAGGCAGGAGGACAGCCAGCGUGCGUGCGGAUAACUACUGCCGGCUGUACUCGCUGUCUGUCGACAAUUUCAACGAGGUGCUGGAGGAGUAUCCCAUGAUGAGACGGGCGUUUGAGACUGUGGCUCUCGACCGCCUGGACCGCAUCGGGAAAAGGAACUCCGUUCUUCAACAUAAAGUCCAGCAUCACCAAAGUUCUGGCACACAAAACCUUCAGGAAACUGAGAUUAUCCAAAGAAUCGUGCAGCACGACCGUGACAUGGCCCAGUGCACGCAGCUGAUCCAGACCAGUGCUACGCAGACCUUAAACUACCCGCCCGCUCCUCCGUCCCCCACCCCCGUCAUCUGGACCCCGCUGGUCCAGGCCCCGCUCCAAGCUGCCGCCGCCACCACCCCGCUGGCUCUGGCCUUAGCCCAGUUCCCCAGUAACCCCCAGUUCCCCCCCAUCCUCUUCCACAACCCCCAGACGCCGGGCUGCAGCUCUGUCAAGGACCACGCCGGCUACGCUAGGAGGAUGCACUUGGGGGCGAACAUCUCCGACAGCUGCGGUUCGGGGCUCAACUCCCCGGCCAGUCCCGGCGUGUUCCGCCCCGUGGUCGGGACCCCCACGCUGGGGUUCUCCAGGGUACCGCAUCUCUCGGCCGGACCCGUGCCGCUCAGCGUGACGCCGCAGCCCAUCUUCACCAGCACCCUGCAGCCCGCGACGCCGGUCCCCACGCACCAGCCUCUGGCCUACCCCCCCCACUCCGGCAUGAGCCAGGUGUUCCCCAUCAGCCAGGCCACGCUCUCCUACACCUGCUCCGCCCAGCUCCACUCCCAGCCCUUCCACGGUGCCAUGACCACCCCCCCACACCCGCUGGGUUUGCUCCAGCAGGGGGUGCCGGGGAGGCUGGCGGGGAGAUUCCCGGCCCCCACCAUCAGCCCGCUGAUCUGCAGCUCCGUCAACCCCAUCCUGAACCAGCUGCAGCAGAGCCCCCACGCCUCCCUGCUGCAGACGGGGGGGUCCGGCUACGACAGGGCCGGCCGGCCGUCCGGCGACGUGUACGUCCCUCAUUUCCCCAUCGUCGCCAACACCCAGCCCAGCGUCGCGGGAUUCGGCCGGCCGGCGUCCGCGGGCGGGGGCGGCGUCGCGGCCUCUCUGGCCCAGCACACCCUGACGGGACUCCAGUCCGCCUUCCUGCCCCAGGUCCCCCCCGAGCACUCGGCCCUGGCCUCCCUGGCCCAGUACGGCUCGGCCGACGCCUCGCCUUGCUUCACGCCUCCGGUCCACAGUCCCAGCGCACAGAGCCCGGUGAGGGGGAGGACAGUUCACCACUGUGAGCUCCCCAGCUCCGCGGGCUCCGCGGGCUUCCCCGGCUCCCUAACACCUCAGACCUCAUGCCCCGCCAGGGUGACCCCCACCCUGAAAGAUGCAGAGUCCUCCGCAGAUCUCUUUACCCAGCAAAUAAAAACUAUCUCAGGCUCUCACAGCUAUACACACCAGGAAAGGCCUUCGGUCGUGAGCGGCUCCUCCGAGGCGGCGGCGGGGGCGGGGGCCUCCUUCUCCCCCCCCAUGUCCGUCUAUAAGCCCUACACCCCCAUCCCCGGCCCGGUCACUCCCGCCAGUCGGACACAGCCGGGGCCUGAGUCUCAGAACCAGCCCGCCGGCGUUCACUCUCCUCUCCCUCGCUCUCCCAAAGUGUUAGAGAACGAACAGAAACAGUCCAAACUUCCCUCCAACUUGUGAGUUUCAGACACACCCUCCUCUAACGCCGGAGCAACGGCGCCGCCCGCUGGCUGGCGUUGUUUUAACCAAGACUGUUGUCAAACUUACCGUUAGGAGGGUGUGUGAUUCUGAUCGGACCGGUUUCGUUUUUAAUCAGAGUGAAAGGAAAACGGAAAAUAGAUGACAGAUAUUUUUUUCUGCAAACUAUCAAAUCUUUGAAUAUUGUGAUAAAUUCCAAAAGUAUUGAUGAGUAUGUGUUGCACCUCAUGAAGAUAUCACUCGUUUUACAUGUUUUAUUCUAACCUCACUCUGUGAUGUGUUGUUAGUUUUCUGUUUGAAACCCUUUUGUCUAGAGGACUUUACGUAACCUUUUAGCUACAUCUGUUUAGUUGGCUUUUUUCCUCCACGACUGUAUUCAGUUAUUGAAACCAAAAAUCGCUGCCCCUCUGUUGACAUCCUUUCUUGAGAGUGCUUGAAGUGAAGGUAGGGUCACCCCCCCCAUCCCCCUCGGAGAUGUCGCAGCGAUACAGACUGUGCACUUUGCUCGUAUCAGCGCGAACGUCUGAUGAUGGUUUGUCUUCCAGGAUAGCUUUUCAGCAAUAUUGCACACCCGAACGGGUCACACAAAUCAGAUUGCA